AUGACGGGGAGCAGGACCAAUCGUAGCGGUAUUGGAAACAGGCGCGAGUAUGGACACGAUCAAGCAUUGGAUGCUAAACUUCCGGAUCAUGGAGGCAGUCUGUUCAGUAGCUUCUUGAACAUGGCUAACAGUAUCAUCGGAGCAGGUGCGUGUCUCCCAUUUGCGUUCCAGGAAGCCGGAUUGGGAAUGGGCAUCAUCCUGCUUUGUGCUUUGACAUGGAUCGUGGACUGGACUGUCGGGCUCUUGGUUCACAGUGGUAAGCUUUCGGGCAGAACCACAUACCAGGAUCUUUUGGAGUUCUGUUUUGGCAAGACAGGCCUCAUCGCGAUCUCGAUCUUUCAGUUUAUCUUUGCAUUUGGAGCCAUGUGCGCCUAUACCGUUAUUGUUGGUGAUACCCUGCCACAUGUGCUUCAGGCACUAAUCCCGGGGAUCGAGGACUGGCCAGUUAUCGGAUUCAUGGCGCGACGAAGCUUUGUCAUCAUCUUUUGCACUGUGAUGAUAUCGUAUCCUUUGUCGCUCUACCGCGACAUUUCGAAGCUGGCAAAGACAAGCGCUGUUGCUAUGUUGGCAUUGGUUGUCAUUAUUAUUGCAGUCAUGAUCGAGGGGCCCAGGGCACCGAUGGAGAUCCGAGGUGAUCCAGACGCAGUAUGGUCUUUUGCGAGACCCAAGCUCUUUCAGUCCAUUGGCGUCAUCAGUUUCGCGUUUGUGUGCCAUCACAAUUCGUUUUUGAUUUUCGGAUCUCUUCAGAAACCAACAAUAAACCGCGUCAAGAUGGUGACCCAUUUGAGUAUGAUGGUAUCACUCUUGGCCUGCAUGAUUCUAGCGCUCUCGGGGUAUCUCAGCUUUUCGAACAAGACGCAAGGCAACAUUCUCAACAACUUUCCGUCUGAUAAUCUUAUUAUCAACAUUGCGCGUUUCUGCUUCGGUGUCAACAUGUUCACGACCCUGCCCUUGGAAUCGUUUGUCUGUCGCGAGGCAAGUAGCACUUCUUGUCUGCUGUCGCUGGUCAUUGAGACGUACUACUUUGCCGGAAAGCCAUUCUCGAUGAAGCGCCAUGUAAUUAUCACUACCGGUCUUGUCAGCGUCGCGCUCCUGAUUGCGCUCAUGACCUGUAAUCUCGGAUUCGUCCUCGAGGUGACUGGUGGGUUCUCUGCCACCGCCUUAGCGUUCAUCCUGCCGCCGCUCUGCUAUCUCAAGCUGGCUUCGGGUCCAAUUCUAUCGACGAAGAAGCUGCCGUAUCUGGCCUGCCUAGGAUUCGGUAUUGCGGUCAUGAUCCUGAGCACGUUCUUCUCGCUCGAGCACUUUUUGGCGCCUAAGGAUCCUGCUGGCGCUUCGACUUGCCCCAUGUAA